AUUGAAGAAAAUGUUAAAACUCUUGUGGUGGAUAUGAGUGAUUGUAAUGAGGCAAUGGGAGUUCGAAUCGCAAGGCCAGUUGUAGAAGAAGAAGAAUGGAUUUCUUCUGCUUCUGGUCCGAAAUCUGCCAAGGCAGUCGGACUUUCUCAAGGCAUCCAGAGAUUUCGGAGGAUGCGAUGCAUGACAGUAGGAAACAGAAAAGCAUUGCUGAAAUCUUAAAAGCUGAUAUAGGUGUUCAGGAUCAUAAGGUAAUAAAGUCCGCUGAACGAGCAUCCUUGUCUCAGAGGAAAAAGUCUAAAGGCAAUGAUAAAGCUAAUGGUGAUGAUGGUAGUAAUUCGAGUUUCAUACCGAAAAAGGGGAAGGGAACUGAACUUUCAGGAUCUCAUGCUGAAACUGAUGCAGUUGGAGCCAAUGAAGAAAUGGAUAAGGGUUAUUCAUCCAGAGGAGGGAAAACGAAGAUUAAACAAGCAAGCGAUAAUAAUGGUGAUAAUCGAGGUAAUGAAGAUACCAAUACUGUAUCGGCUAAAAGGAGAGUGAACGUUGGUCCUGGGAUAGGUAGGAAUGACUCUUUUUCGAGAGAAAGGAAGAAAAGCAAGUACUUGUCUCCUCCGUACACAAGUUCAACUGGGAAGUUGAGGAAAUCGGACAUAGAUGAUGAAUCUAUAGAUGUUUCCAAUGACACCCGAUUCACAGAGUCGAUGACUAAAGCUACUGGCAAUCUUGGUGAAAGGAAUGUACUAUCUGAAGAAGUUCACGCAGAGCAAGAAGCAUCGAAUGGAUCAAGUUCUCUCACACCAAAUCAGUACCCUGACCGGAUUAGUGAUCUGGCAAAACUUGAAAUUCUUGCAAAUGAAGUUCUAGUUGCAGUCAGGUCCAUAGCUCUUAGUCCACAAUACCAAAGGAAAAAGAGAUCUUUCGAACUUAUUGUGAAGUUUUUAUCGGUAUUCAGGAGCUCAGUUUACCGAGAUGGAUCUGACUGCAAAAUGUAUAUUCAGCUCCAACAUGAUAAAAAGAGAAAAUCGCCCGACUUCCCCAUUGUGUCAUUACGAAACGAUGGAUCUGCGGCUGGUCAGGUUCCCUCUGGACAUAAAUCCCAGAAGAAAAAAGUUGGAAAGAAUGAAGAAACAAAGAUGGAUCGAACCAAACCAAAGCCAUAUAAUUCUAAAUCAAAGCAAAAUGCCACAGCUGCAGUUCUGAAGAAAAACGAUAAGGAAGCUGGUGGAAAUGAUUUAACUGCUUCCCUCUUCGUGACAUUCGGCCCCGGAUCCUCGUUGCCGAAAAAGGAUGAUCUUAUCCGAAUAUACAGUAGGUAUGGAACUUUGGACAUGGAGGACACUGAUGUGUUUGACAAUAAUUUCUGUGCUCGUGUCGUCUUCUUAAGAACCUCCGAUGCUGAAGAAGCCUUUAGCAGUUCACAAAACGACAGUCCUUUCGGAUCUGCUAAUGUCAGUUUCUUUCGACUUCACCAGACUACAUCAGCUCAAAACCAAAAGGAAAUACCAAGUGCCAAAGUGUCUUCUCCCCUACCAAAGGCCGGAAAUUCGCAGCUUAGCCACAUCAAGCAGAAGCUCGAGAUGCUGACAUCGAUGCUGGAGACGUCAGAUGAAAAGAUGACAUCAGAGAUUAAAUCCAAACUACAAAGUGAGAUAAAAGGGCUCUUGGAGGUGGUAAACACAAUGAUCGAAUCUUCAUCUUAAGAAAAAAUGACUCACUUUUAGGAUGUAUGGUUAUGUAAAAGUUUGUCAUGACAUUGUUGUUACAUACAUUGAGUUGGGAUGUGUAUGAAAUAUAUAGAUAGGUAAGCAGUUAAUAGUUACCAUUGGCAUCUGUUAAAAUCACAACAUGCUGCACUUAGCAUAAACUACCCUGGUUGAAGUACGUUUUCAU